AAAAAAAAAAUACAAUUGCUGCUUAUUGUUUGUUAAUGCAGCCAAUUCGAGUUGGAAUUAGUCACUCGAGCAGUAUGCUUCGCUAUGGAGCUCUCUUUCUACUAUUGCUAUCCACGGCAUCGUCUGUGUGCGCACAGCGGAGGACAUUCGAAACUUCUAUUACAAGUAAACUGAAUGUAGAUGUCUGCCCCGAUAUGCCCAUCAUGAAGAAUGUCAAGAAAACCAAGCUGCUGGGUUAUUGGUAUGCUUAUGCCACAACUCCGUUGCCCUUUCGUGACUAUCAGCGACGUUGUGCCUCUUACAAUGUUCGCAAUGCCACCUACUUUGAUACAAACAUUCUGUACACGAACUAUAAGAGUCUGACAAUUACGUAUUCCUGUAAAUAUGUUCAGAAAAAGGACAAGUGGAAUAUUAAACUGCGUAUACUAACACGCACUCGAACUCCGAUGGCAUCGACCAUAAAGGAAGCCGUCGACUUCUUGGAGAAGGUAAAGUUUCCUCUCGAUACUCUCGACUGGCUCAAGUCGGAGGCAUUUUGCUUCGAAUGGUAUCAAUUGAAAAUCGAAACUGGUUUGCGACCCAAAGAUUUUCAAGCACCUUUCAAUCGGCCAGGAGACUAAGAGAUGUCGUUGUCGUUAAUUAAUCGAAGUAUGAAUUAAUUGUUGUUACAUAAAUUGCCAUGGAAAUGUUAUGGAAUCGCACAACACAAUGAAUAAUAAAAUUGAGGAAAUCGUAUAAUGGCGCG